UAGAUAAGCCUGCUUAGGAUACGAACAAAGCGAUUCGCGUCGUAGUGAAAGCAAGAUUAUUCCCCUCUGAUUAAAUACUAAUGGACGGGAACACGAUAUUCACAAGCCGCUAGAUUACUUCGGUGUUGCUUGGAGUGAUUCCAUUUAAUACCAUCAAAUCACAUUAAAAUAUCACCUUUAGGCUUGGCAAAGUUAUUAGCAUAUCUAUAAGUUAAGCACAUAUCUGCGCCACUGUAAGGUGGGGGAAAGUUGUGGGUUGUUCUUUGAGAGCAAGUCAAGUGGAAGUCCUUUGCGAUUUGUCGAAUUCUCUAAGAACUUACAAGGCUGACAGGUACUUUGGAUACUUUAAUCUCCAGCUUAAUGUACUAAAUGGGAGUAAGGCAAUUGAACAUAACGACCUACAAAUAAAUGCAAAUCUAUUCUUUCUCGUUAUUUUCAAACUCGAAGGAGAAGAAAUCAUGAUUCCUUGCAAGAUAGCAGUCUUCCUAGUUUCAUUAGGCGUCGGAAGGAAUCUAGGACAAGAAUACAACGUGGGGUCACAGUCUGCACCAAGCAAAAAAUCGUCUGUCGAAGCAACACCUCACUUUUUUGCCUCAUUGAAAACAAAAUUCUCAAUUUCUCCAACUAAAACCUUGGCUGAAACCAACUAUUCGAGAUUUUCACGAAUAUCAAAUAGGGCUUUGCAUCGAAUGUAUUCAAGUGACACACUUGCAACUGCAAGGGAUAUGGCGAGUUUUACAAGUACGUCGAGAAUAAAGGCCUACAAAACUUUUUACUCUACUUCAAAGUCAUUGGGUAGUCUUGUGGGAAUAACAGUCAAGUGCUUACGUGCUACAGCUUGGCCAACAAGAACUAUGAAUUUGAGUUUGAUGGACAUAAACCACCAGGGAAACCACACAAGUGUUACGGUAGACUUUCCACGCGAUAAAUAUGUGGCUCACUGGUUUGAGUUUUAUUUAAAGGUCGGUGGCUGGGUCAUGCUUGCUGUUGUCAUCAUCGGCAUCAUCACACUAGCCAUCACCCACAUACUUGGUCAGCGGCAAAACGUGGAUGCACCACGUGUGAAGGCCAGGUUUGUCAGCAGAAGGAGCGGUCACUGGGUCUGAGCAGUCUUGGCUUUAAAUAAGUACUGCUUGGACAAAGCUCCCAGAACACCAAGAACAGUGAAUGACCGCACCCUGGACUGCCCAGUGCUAAAAGUCGCGAUACCAGAUCCUGUACCACGCGGUUAAACCAAGGCGCGAACACGGGGGUGCACAAGAGGGGUGCGCAGGGUGCGCGCGCACCCUCCCCCGGCGGCCAAAAUACCAUGCUUUUUCCAUGAUACCUAUGACUGCGUACCCCUCCUCAGCCAAUCCUUGGUACGCGCCUGAAACCAUCAGUUUUGUAAAAGAUAUGGCGUCCUUUUAACAGUAAACAGUUAAAAACGAAGAAAAUUAGAGAAAGCUUAGAAAAGUUAUAAAUUUGUGAGAUUCUUUGUAGAAAAUAAAUAAAUAAAGAAUCUGUA